GUUCGAAAGGCAGUGCACGUACGUUCAAACCUGCGACCAACAAUGCAUGGCCGUUGGACGAUCGAUCCAAAGAGCACCUCAAUCCAAUCGACGGAAGAAGAACUUAAAAGGAAAGACCAAAGCCACUGAUCUAAUCGAUCAACAGCGCAAAGCCAUUGGUAGAGCCCUACCAUUGCUAAGUGGUACCAUUUAGUAGAGAAAUCGUGUAGGAACUACUGCAUAGAGAAGAAGAAAGAAAAGAGGUGACCAUGGUGGAGCCAACUCAUGUCAAUGCUGGAUUAUCGGAGCCUCUUUUGUCGACCAAUGACGUUGAGAUUCCGAACACACUGCAAAACGGGACUACCCCGCAGAGAUCGACCAAUGCUACUGCUGCGAACUCUUCUACUGGUACCAACGGAACGGUCUCUCCGCCUUGGAGCAGUCGCUCUCUACUGAGCUUGGACCUUUUGUCAGUGGAAGACAAGGAUAUCGUGAUUCGAUCUUGCUUUCCCAUGCCCUGUGGGAGUCGAAGGCGACGAAGACGACGGUCCUCGCAGGUGGAUGAUACGAAUGAUACUAGUACGAGAAGAGACGACCGUCAGGUGCUCCGCCUCAACCACAAUGUCUUUUGGAAUUUCGUUCUCAUGAUCACUUACGGAAUUAGUGAAGGAUUGUGGGGAGGAGCCGUCUUUGCCGCAUAUUGCAAGCAACUAUACAAGGGCAGAAAUGCCCCACUCGGAAUUAUCGAAGCCGUGUACAGCAUUGCCGAACUUGUAUUUGCAGUGCCUAUUGGGUAUCUGGCAGAUACACACGGAAAAGCAAAAAUCAUUCGAGCAGGAGCCGCACUCUUUCUCGUCACAUCCAUAUUCCAUGCAGUCACGACCUACUGGAUUGACCAUUCGUCUUCCAACUCAUCCCACACCACUACUGUGCUACUUGUCAUUAUCAUGUCGCUUUGGGGAAUUGGAGCCGGAAUUGUCGAUGGGCCCUGUGAAGCUCUCUUUGCCGAUUCCACGCCACCCGGACGGAGGACCAAGUACUACACGUACCUCGAAAUCAUUAACCUGCUGGCAACAGUUCUGGGACCUCUCCUAUCCCUCAUCAUUUUUCAUUCGGUCUCAAGCAACAGUAACCACCAACACAACAGCAACAACAACACGACGCAAUUUGGCAUUGAUAUGAAUACAGUACAUGCAAUUGAUGCACUAGAUCCAGAUGAGGAGGAAGGCCAAAAUUGGAACAUGAGGGCCAUUGUCAUCAUUAUAUACGUUGGUCUAGCCAUGGAGGCCUGCAACUCCAUCAUCAUGAUGUUCUUUGAUGAUGACAAGGCACUCGUAGAACAAUCAAUCACAAACACAAACACAAACAACAACAAUCAGGAAGAAAGCAGUGGCAGUAGCAGCAGCAGCGAGGAAAGUCAAAGCGAAAGCGAAAGUGAGAGCAGUAGUAGUGGCGUGGCUGAAGACGAAGCAGAAGAAGUCCAAAACGAGGUUGAUGUUCCAGCAACACCAGCUACACCGUCACCACCAACUACCCAACCAGAAUCUCUCACAAUGCGAGAACAAUACCAGUGGACCAUUCCCUACAUUCUACUCAUUUCCGAGGUCGUGUCAGCGGGGGCCAUGGGACUCUCCGAUGCAUACUUCCCGCUUUUCCUCAAAGACGAUUGUGGGCUGUCACCCACGCAAGUUCAGAUUCUCUACGCCAUCGAACCACUGUUUAUUGCGGCCAUGACAUGGUGGGCAGAACGCAUUGCCAGAAAACUUGGAAGAAUACAAACCAUUGUUUUGCUCAGCACCUGUUCCGUCUCGGUGUUUGCAAUCAUCCCCAUUUUCAAUGUACGAAGCAACAGAUUUGGAAUACUCAUGAUUCUGCAUAUAUUGAGCAGCUCCUUUGGAGACUCCAUUCAUCCAUUGGAGGAAGCACUCUUGGCAGAUUCCUUGCCACGAAAUCAGCGUGCACGGUGGAUGUCUCUCAAUGGAUCUCUGUCCGGAUUGCAUCAAUCGGCCACUGCCAUUAUUGGAGGAUACCUCUCCGAUUACUGGGGAUAUCGUGGCACAUUUUUGGCAACCUGUGUCGGCGAAAUCAUGGGAUUGGCUAUCUUUGCAUUGUUACUCCUGCUGCAGCCACCAAGACGACCACGACAGACCAGCAGAAUUUCAAAUACUGCGACAUCCGGUCCAGUUACAUCAGCUGCAAACGAUGCGCAAGAACGGCAACCUCUUCUCGUGGAAAGGCAGCACAACUGCAACUAGGCAGCAAAUGACGAAGAGACGCGACCACAGGAUGCAGCCUAAAAGGGGAGGGCCUGGGAUACACUUGAUUGUGAAUCGACAAUGCGUCCUUCUUUCUACUAUUGUUUUUCUCGCAUCCAACAGAUUACUCAAACUUGAUGGGGGCAGCUCAGAGAACAGAACAUGAUCAUGACACGUUCUAUCCGCAUCGAACCUACUGCCCAAACCCUACGGUAGCCAGCAGAAGCCACGAGACCCAAACGAACACAGUGAAAGAAGACCUGACCCAACUGGACGAAAGUGGAAGGAAUGCACCGAAUGAAAACUGGAUUGUAACCAACAUGUCCCCCCCCCCCCACAAGUAAUAGCACCUCUGCAAAUGACUCGACUUGACUCCAUCACUUAAAACCUUGUGGCCCAUCUAAUCCCCUCCCAUGUGAGCCAUCAUCCAAAUCUAGCAGCUAGCUAGUUAAAAGUCACAGACCCUAGCACAUUCUAGCAAUCAGAGAGGCAACAACCCUGGUUGAGUUUCGAUUCUUGAGGUUUCAAUUCUUGAUCUUGGGUAGUUUGGAAUGCAUGCCUUCAGCUCAAACAAAAAUGGAACGGUGCAAGAACGGGGCACAAGAACGAAGGAUGCGACCACGCACGCCAUGUUUAAGUCAACGAACCGGCAAAGAGACAACGAAACCAAAAGAAUCAGGAGUAAAAAGCCAUUUGCUGGGCAGAAGACAGGAAGAAAGAAGAAAGGAAUACUAUACCGUAUCAUCCUCAUUCAAGGGUAGCUAUAGGUAGCUUGAGGAGAAAGCCAGCAAUUCCCUACUCUAAAACCCCCCAUAAAAACAAACUGAACCGUGUUGAGUAAGAGUUCAGCAAAAAGGUUGAUUGCACACAACAUGCAUGCAAUGGUGGCAGGUAUACUGGUACAUUGCACGUGAUUUGGCUGGGUUUCUUUGUCAUGACACGUACGGGGCCUGUGAAUAAGCCAGUAGACUCGCUAAUAGAUCUUUUGCAUCGUGAAAAUCUUUCUUGUGUGUUUCCAGAUUCACGACCCGCGACUCGACUCCUGUCGUGUGUUCCUGGCUGUCUUGGUUUUGAUGUUUUGAUAUGCAUUUGCGAGUGAUAGUCGAGCUCAGAGCUCACUCCAGGGGGGUGGAGAAAUCCAGUGUCAUCCAAGGUAAACCAUGACCAAGACAGUGGUAGACAGUGGUAAACAGUGGCACUGUCAACCACUACCUUUUUUGACAGUGGUAAAGAGUGGUAAACAGUGCCAAAACAGUUGUAAAGAUAAUGGUAAACAGUGGUAAGACACUGGUAUGCCAUGUUGAAAGACACCACUGUUUCGCGAAACAGUGGUUGACAGUGGUUGACAGUGGUUGGUAGUUAUCCCAUGACUGAGAGCAGUGGUGGGCAUGGAUUGGCAUUGAUUUUCUCCAUCCCCCAGUCAACCAGAAGGAGCU